UGCUACCAGUCGCGAGUCCCCGAGGCCCUGCGCCGGGUGCCUGGCCGAAGGGUCCCCUCUCCGGGCAUCUUUCCCUUGGCGUCGUCGGUGGCCUGGGCCUGGCUCGGUGGGACUGUCUCUGGACGCGCGGAGCAGCUCUGCGCCAACCGUAGACAUGAGUUCGACUCCGGGGCUGCCCACUCCGGGGGCCUCCCUGGCCCUGCGGGUGUCCUUCGUGGACGUGCAUCCCGAGGUGAUCCCGGUGCAGCUGUGGGGACUGGUGGGCCAGCGGCGGGAAGAGUACGUGCGGCUGAGCCAGGAGAUCCAGGAGGCCGCAGCCACGCGCGGCCCGUGGGCUCUGGGUGGGGCCUCGGCAUCGCCGGGAGAGCUGUGCCUGGUGCAGGUGGGGCUCAUGUGGCACCGCUGCCGCGUGGUCAGCCGCCAGGCGCAGGACAGCCGCGUCUUCCUGCUGGAUGAGGGCCGCACCAUCACGGCCGGCGCGGGCUCGCUGGCCCCGGGGCGCAGCGAGUUCUUCCACCUGCCCUCUGAGGUGCUGGGCUGUGUGCUGGCCGGCCUGGUGCCCACGGGCGGCGGUGGCACCGGCGGCGGCGAACCCCAGCACUGGUCCCCUAGCGCUGUGGACUUCCUUAGCAACCUGCAGGGUAAGGAGGUGCACGGACGAGUCCUGGACGUGCUGCUCCUCCAUCGCCUGGUGCUGCUGGAGGUGCCCAUGGUGUCUCAGCAGAUGGAGGAACUGGGCCUGGCCAGGCAGGUGCCCGACAGUCUCUUCUGUUCCCUGCUCAAACGUUACCUGACUGCGACUGGGCUGGGCUGCUCCGGAGCAGCUCCGGUUCUCCCGCGAGCGGCCCCCAAACAAGAGCAUCCUGGGUUGGAUUACUUCUAUCCCCAACUGCAGCUGGGAGUGACGGAGCCUGUGGUCGUAACCCAAGUGUGCCAUCCCCACCGCAUUCACUGCCAGCUCCGGAGCCUCUCGCAGGAGAUCCACCGCCUCUCUGAGAGCAUGGCCCAGGUAUAUCGGGCGUCCACGGGGAUAGAGGAUGAUAGUGCCACCUGGGAGGCGAGGGAGGAGAGCCCAGACAAGCCGGGGUCUCCAUGUGCCUCCUGUGGCUUAGAUGGACAGUGGUACCGGGCUCUCUUGCUUGAGACGUUCAGGCCUCAGCGCUGUGCCCAGGUGCUUCACGUCGAUUAUGGAAGGAAAGAGUUAGUGAGCUGCAGCAGCCUUCGAUACUUGCUGCCUGAGUAUUUUCGAAUGCCCGUGGUGACCUACCCUUGUGCUCUGUAUGGACUCUGGGACUGUGGGAGAGGCUGGUCUCGGUCACAAGUAGGUGAUUUGAAAGCUCUGAUCCUGGGCCAAGCGUUGAAUGCAAAGAUUGAAUUUUACUGUUCUUUUGAGCACAUGUAUUAUGUGACCCUGUACGGGGAAGAUGGAAUUAAUCUCAACAGCGUGUUCGGAGUACAGUCCUGUUGCUUGGCGGACCGAUUUCUUCAGAGCCAGGGGAUAGAGGAGGAAGAGGAGGAGGACGGUGACAUGGAAGUGACAUUUCAGUCUCAGUCCCCGGCUGAGGAGAUGGAGGAGGAAGUUUCCCUCCCGUCCUUAAGGUCCAUCAGCUUGAAGAUGAACGCCUUCUAUGAUGCCCAGGUGGAGUUUGUUAAGAGCCCUUCUGAGUUCUGGAUUCGCCUCAGAAAGCACAAGAACACCUUCAGCAAGCUGCUGAAGAGAAUGUGCAGCUUCUACUCUUCGGCUAGUAAGCUGGACGGUGUUGUUCUGAAACCUGAACCCGAGGACGUCUGCUGUGUCAAGUGGAAAGAGAACGGCUACUACCGCGCCAUGGUCACCCGCUUAGACAGCAAGAGCGUGGAUGUGUUCUUGGUAGACCGGGGCAAUUCCGAGAACGUGGACUGGUGUGACGUCAGGAUGUUGCUGCCUCAGUUCAGGCAGCUACCGAUCCUGGCUCUGAAGUGCUCUCUGGCUGACAUCUGGCCUUUGGGGAAAACUUGGAGCCAGGAAGCAAUUUCAUUUUUUAAAAAGACAGUACUCCACAAAGAAUUAGUGGUCCACAUUCUGGAUAAGCAGGAUCGUCAGUACGUCAUAGAGAUUCUUGAUGAGUCCAGAACAGGGGAGGCAAACAUCAGCAAAGUCAUCGCUCAAGCUGGAUAUGCCAAGUACCAGGAAUUUGAAACAAAAGAAAACGUCAGACUCAGUGCCCACUCCCCGGGGCAUGUGUCAAGUCAUUUUAUGGCAGACACUAGCAAAAUAUCUUCUACCGAGAACGUGGAAGGAGAACAGAAAGACAAUAAAACUGUAUCCCUCUCAGAAGCUUUGGUCGACACAGGAAGCCUUUCGAAUGUUCCCUCCGGACAGAGUGGACAGGACAAAGAGAAGGGAACAACUGAUUCUUCUCUCCUUAGGCUGAAUUCCCUGGAAAGGAAGCCAGACUGCUGCGGUAAAGGAGAGCUGGAAGUGGGCAGUACGAUCGAAGUCAAGGUGUCUCACAUUGAAAACCCUGGCUCCUUCUGGUGUCAGUUGACGGGGGAUGCACAGAAAUUCAGAACUCUGAUGUGCAAUAUUGAAGACUACUGCAAGAGUGAGCCGGCUCCCUAUGAGGGGGACACGCGCGCUUGUCUGGCCAAGCGAACAGCCAGCGGAAGAUGGUCCAGGGCCCUGAUUAGCGGCGCCCAGUCCUUGGAGCACAUCAGAGUGGUAUUUGUAGACUAUGGAGACAAGGAAGUGGUAUCUAUGAAGAACAUACUCUCGGUUAGUGAUGCGUUUCUCAAGGUUAGAGCGCAGGCAUUUCGGUGCAGUCUUUAUAAUUUAAUUCAGCCCACUGGUGACAAUCCGUUUGUUUGGGAUGACAAGGCGGUACAGGCCUUUAGCGGGUUUAUAGAUAACGCUUGGCAGAAUAACUUAGAAUUAAAAUGUACCAUCUUCGCGUUGGCGUCAAGGGAUGAUGAAGAGUGGUUCAGUGUUGUGGACUUGCUAACGCCCUUUCAGAGUGCCUGCCAUUUUUUGGUAGAGAAGAGACUGGCUAGGCCUGUAAAGCUCCAGAAGCCUUUGGAACCCUCUGUUCAGCUACGUUCUUACUACUAUUCUACACAUGACCUGAAAAUCGGAAGUGAAGAAUUGGUGUACGUAACGCAUGUUGAGGACCCUUGGACAUUUUAUUGCCAACUCGCAAGAAAUACAAAUAUUUUAGAACAAUUGUCAUACAACAUUGUGCAGCUAAGUAAAGCCUUGGUGAAUUUAAAAGCAUCCACCUUGAUCCCUGGGACGUUGUGCCUUGCCAAAUAUACUGAUGGAAACUGGUAUAGGGGAAUAAUAAUAGAAAAAGAGCCGUAUAAAGUCUUCUUUGUUGACUUUGGGAACACUUACAUAGCAAGUGAUCAUCUGCUCCCGAUCCCUCGAGAUGCCUACGAUGUUUUACUUUUACCUAUGCAAGCUGUUAAAUGUUCGUUAUCUGACAUUCCUCAUCAUAUGCCAGAAGAAGUUCCAGCGUGGUUUCAGGAGACUGUGUUAGAUAAGUCAUUGAAGGCUUUAGUCGUAGCAAAAGACCCAGAUGGGAGACUGAUUAUAGAGCUCUAUGAUGAAGGUAUCCAAAUUAAUGCUAGUAUUAAUGAGAAGCUAGGGCUCCUUGGUUACAAAAGCAGCACAAGAAAAAAAGACAAGGAGAAUGAAAUAAUCCUCUGCGUGACCAAAACCCUUGAAGAUAAGAAAGAGAACAUGACGUCAUCAUCUACAGAGUAUUUGAGUAAGUCGGGAAAGAGCAAAUCACACAGUGGAAAGAUGAUGGGGGAAUCGUGCAGACCCAAGAUCAGCCCAGCAUGUAAGGAGCUCAAAUAUUCACAGGGCUCGACGAAGGCUAACCUAGUCACAUACCAGGACUCUGUGGGAAACAAGAAUGAUGGAGGGUUUCCAUUAGCCGGAGAAAAAAAAGAAGAUGCGUUUGCCAGCUCACCUGUGAGUGCCACCACACUCGACUCCACCCUUCCUGACAGAAGAAUGGGGGAACCUGGCAGCAAAGAUGAGCCUCCUCCAAAGUUCUGUGAAUUCCCACAAAAGACGAUAGCCCCUGGUUUUAAGACCUCCAUCUAUGUCUCGCAUAUUAAUGACCUUUCAGAUUUUUACAUCCAGCUGAUAGAAGAUGAAGCUGAGAUCAAUGGUCUUUCAGAGAGAUUAAAUGAUGUCAGAACAAGACCCCAGUGUCACACAGGUCCGCCUUGGCAAAGUGGGGAUGUGAUAUGUGCCAUUUUCCCAGAAGAUAACUUAUGGUACCGAGCAGCGGUCCUGGAACAACAACCCAAUGACCUUCUCUCGGUGCAGUUUAUAGAUUAUGGCAACAUGUCUGUGGUCCACACCAGCAGAACAGGUAAGCUUGGCCCCGCCGAGGCCAUGUUACCGACACUGUGCCUCCAUUGCUCCUUAAGGGGGUUUUGGGUACCGGAUGUAGUAAGUUGUAAGGAAAUGGUGGGCUACUUUUCCCAAAGGACGGAUGAGGCUCGGAUAAGAUGUGAAUUUGUUAAAUUCCAAGGCAUCUGGGAAGUGAUUCUCUCGGAUGAGCAUGGAGUCAUCGCUGAAGAUCUGAUUAGCAUGUUUCCAUUCAGUGAAAAAUCCCAAAUGGGGCUUACCACCAUCACAAAAGGGGACUGUUCGAAGUCUGCCAACAAACCCAACAUUGACACUUCCGUGUUUCUUAACUGGUAUAAUCCCAAAAUGAAGUUGAUAAGAGCCUAUGCCACCAUGGUAGACGGACCUGAAUACUUUUGGUGUCAGUUUGCCAAUUCUGAGAAGCUGCAGUAUUUGGAAACGGAGGUUCACAGUGCGGCAAAGCAGCUGGCAGAACUCAGAAGCUGUACUCAGUGUCCCCAAAUCGGAGAUCCGUGUAUCGUGAGGUGCCGAGAAGAUGGACAUUAUUACAGAGCCCUCAUCACGAAUAUAAGUGAAGAUCACCUCGUGUCUGUCCGGCUUGUGGACUUCGGGAACGUGGAGGACUGUGUGGACCCCAAAGCGCUUUGGAGCAUCCCACCUGAACUUCUGUCGGUCCCCAUGCAAGCAUUCCCAUGCUGCCUUUCUGGAUUCAAUGUCUCUGGCAGUACAUGCCCCCGAGAGGGAAAAAAUUACUUUUAUGAGAUAGUUACACAAGGUGUAUUGGAAAUAACAAUAUUGGACAUCAGAAGGGACGUUUGUGACAUCCCCUUAGCAGUUGUGGAGCUGAGAAGCAAAGGCAAGAGCCUCAGUGAGAAGAUGAGGAAAUAUGCUAAGAUGGGCGCUCCCAAGAGUGACCUGUACUAUGAGAAGCCUGGCGCGGAGAGGAAGGGAGGCCUCGGGCCCACCAGUCCCGACCUGGGCCUCAAGAAACCAAGUCAUAAAAUGGCACAAGAGAAGCCCUUGUAUGUGGAAUCCCGGGCAGAUGAGCUCUCGGAGAGUCUUGAAAAAGAUUUAAACAUUGUAACCAAGUCAAGCAAAUUAUACGAACCUAGCACCCGGAACAUUUUUGAAGCUGUGGAGAACUCCCGCAAAGGUAAAAUGGGUCCCGAGAGGCUGGAAGGUACCGUGGAUUACCCUUUUGUGGACAGAGCCAAGUUUGAGGAUAACUGCCUCAUUGCAGGGUUUAACCCAAUAAUGUCCCAUGCUAGUGAGCCGAAAGAGUUACUGGAACUGAAUUCACUAGAGAUCCCACUCUCCCCCGAUGACGAUGACGAAUGCAAAGAAUUCUUGGAACUGGAAUCCAUUGAGUUGCAGCACUCCCCUGUCGGGGAGGAAGAGAAAGAGGAGCUGGGACUGGGGCCUCCCCUGGCUCCCCUGUCCCCAGGCAGUGAGGCCGGGGCCGCCCUGGAGCCCUUUAUGGUGCAGCUUCCCCUGGACUGCGAGGCCGAGAAGCCGCUGGACAUCGAACUCCCCACGCCCCAGCUGUCUCUGGAGGACAGUCUGAGUCCUCUGUCGGCCACGGUCAGUUCGAACAGCCCCGAGGCCCGGUGUGCCGAGGAGGAGGGGAGAAAGUCGAGCUGUGAGGUCUCCUCUGAUGAUGGCCACAGCAUGUCACCACUCCUCCACCACGGGAAGAGCGGAGAUUCCCCCACACCUGACGACAUGAACCUGUUUGAAGAGGAGUUUCCACGCUUUGAGAACAGAGAUGACACUGCCUCCUUGGCACCUUUGUUCUCCGAGGAGGAAGCCAGAGACGGAAGGAAGUGUGAGAGCGCUGUACCAGCAGUCCAGCUCCAGAACACCUACACUCUGAAAGGCUUCUCUGUUGGAUCGAAAUGUGUUGUGUGGUCAAGCCUAAGGAACACGUGGUCUAAGUGUGAGAUUCUGGAAGUAACCGAAGAAGGAACAAGGGUUUUGAACCUUUCAAAUGGUGUAGAGGAGACAGUAAGCCCCGAGAAUGUCUGGAAUGGUAUCCCCAAGGUAGAUAAGAACCCCUCUGAGGCUGGGUUCCAAACCGUGGGAAAGGACCUUCCCUUCAUGUCUUCGGAUGACACCACUGUCAAAGAGGAGGAAUGUGGAGGUGAUGCUGAUUCGACUCUGCAUGUAUCGACACGGCCAGUCAGAGGCUGCCUUUCACAAGCCACGUGGUCCCCAGACCAAACUCAAAGCUUGUGACCACUGGAAGUUGUCCUUAGGGGGGGACACAGAUCUGUGACGGAAACAACAGAUCUCAGGUUGACAAAGCAGCCUGUGUACUGCGGUUUAGAGGUAUCUGGGCUUGUCUUUCGGCCUGUAGUCUUCUUGUGUUUCUUCUCAGCCAGGAUAAUUUAUUUUGCUAAACAAUUUGCUAACGCAUUACUAUAUUCAUAAAAAAGGUAUCUUUUCAAUAUAUUGUUUAUAUUCAAAUAGAAAACCCUAGGUUCACAAUGGGUGUGACAGGGUGCUACAGGGCGGCACAGCUCUGUUAGCAAGAUUUUCAGAACCGCUGUUUUGAUUUUGGAGCUUUGCCUCACCAGUCUACUUAGUAGGUAGCUGCUGUUCUGUUUGAACUUGGAAAUACACAAACACAACACACGAUUUGAAUAAAGGUUAUCCUGCA